UUGGCUUUGGGUGCCGCAUUUUAUUGAUUAACCAAUUUGCCGCUUAACUUUUUUGAAUAAACCCCACCUCUAAUGACUAUCGUUCAGGGCCGGCUUUGAUCCAUCUCUAGUGGUGCGGUCUGCGGAUAUCGCCUAUAUUAACGAAAAUAAACAAUUUAUGUGUAGUUUCUUUAAUUUCUGUAUGAAAGUUAUAUAAGUAAUAUGCUGCGCACAGUUAUAGGAGAUUUAGCCCGCUUGAGGCUGAGCAGUAGCAGCAGCAGCAACAGCUGCGUUUUGGUUACACAAGUGCGCGAAAAGGGCCACCUGAGCCGGCCUCGUUUACGGAAUCCGCAUUGGUUCCUGCGAAAGGAGCGCUCUCAAACCGAUGACUAUGUAACCGCAGAGAAUAGAAAUUUUGUUAAAGAAGUUGUGCAUGAGACCUACGGAUCGCCAGCACUGAUCAAGGGCGUGCAGACCUACGAGCAAAAGCUAAUAAGAACCCCAAUUGAAAAACCGUCCGUCGAUGCUGAGCCUUGGACACCAAAAGUCCGUCGUUGCGGUGUGAUAGCUCGAAAAAUCGGCCAGUAUCCACUGUGGCUAAAGAAUGGCGAGCGAGUGCGUACGACUCUUCUGCAGAUUGUAGACAAUCAUGUGAUCAAGUAUACUCCUCCUGAGGAAUAUCAGCCUAGUCAUCGGCCCAGUGUCCAUAACCUGCAUAAAUACGGUUGCCUGCUGGUGGGAGCCGAGAGCACAAAUCCCGCUCUGCUUACUAAAGAGUAUUGUGGAAUAUUUCGGGAUUCGGGAGUCAUGCCCAAGAAGAAUGUGGCUCGCUUUAUAGUAUCACCGCAGGCGGCUUUGGCGCCGGGAACACCUCUUAAUGUUGGUCACUUUCGCGUUGGCGAGUUUGUCGAUGUUCGUGGCAAAACUGUGGACCAUGGAUUUCAGGGUGUUGUAAAGCGACAUGGCUUCAAAGGUAUGCCCGCCUCUCAUGGCGUGACCAAGACCCAUCGACGUGCCGGCAACAUUGGCGGCGGCGGUGAGAAAGGACGCGUCUGGCCUGGCACGAAAAUGCCUGGACAUAUGGGCAACCGCUGGCGUAUCAGCAAAGGCUUGCGCAUAUGGCGCAUCAAUACUAAGUAUAAUGUCAUGUGGGUCCAGGGAAGCGCUGUGCCCGGCUCAACCAAUGGUCUGAUCUACAUCUAUGACACAAUUCUACCCCUCCGCAAGCCCAAAGAAGCCCCACCAUUCCCUACGCUGUAUGAGGAUGAUGCCGCUGCCUUGCCCGAGGAUAUCUGGUACGAUCAAGUGCACGAUUUCAAGGAUGAGACCAUCACCUACAAGCCCGAGUAAUAGGGUGUGGUCUGAUGACCGUCGUUCUUGUUAUAUAUGUACAACCAUAAACUCCACACAAAGCUUUUCACACAUAGUUAAGGGAAAAAAAUAAUAUUCAAUGAUAAAUGAAAA